UAUUAUUUGUGAUCUCUGAUCUUUUUCUUUUUAAUUUUUAAUUUCUGUAAUAAGUGCUGUUUUAUGAUGAUUAAAUAAUUCAAAUAUAGAAGAAUUUAGUUGUGAAAUUUAGAAAACAUUUAAUUGGGCAUGCCUACACAAUAUCAUGUGGAUUAACCAUUGACAAUUUCUUUUAACUCUUCUUCAGAGCAUCGAAAUAUGCCGCUCGAUGAUGCAGUGAAAUUGAUAGCUCACAACUUCUUCGAGUUCAUUCAGAAUCGGAAAGAGAAAAUGGAUCGUGAACGAUCUGAAGCUGGUCCUUACGGAGGAUAUCUACCUCCCGAUCGCGAAAUACAAUAUCUUCUAAACCAGUUAGCAGAUGGGAGAUUCUUGACCGUUGCUGAACUCGAUAGAGUGAUUGGAUAUUUGCGUGACCGUAAAGAUCAGUUAGCAGGCAUAACCACCAGUACUACACUCACUACUGCAACCACCACUAUUCAAAAUAAUGACCAGUCAGUAGCUUUGAAACAACAAGAAUUACAGCAGAAAAUAUUUAGUAUAAUUGGUCAAACUCCGACACCAACUGCCGAAAAUAUUAACCUUGGUUUGAAAGCGCAGGCUACUGUCGGACAGUCGACCGGAAUUGGUCAAAGUCUAGACAUUCAACAGAGACAAACUUCGCAACAGAGUUCGACAUAUAUAAAUUUUGAUAAUCCUAAUGUAAAGAAAGCAUUGGAUAAUCUCAUUCAAACUGGACCAAAGUUAUUGGAAAGCAUUGGUAUGACAUCGGCAGGAAGUCAAGACGCGAGCUCUGCUCUAAUACAGUCACCUAAUUUAUUACGAGGAAGUUUGGGUGGUCAGAUGACAUCUGGAGCCGGCGCGGGAAUGGCAAAUUUAGGAAGUAUGGGUAGCAUGGGAAUGCAAAAUGAUUAUACAGGAACUCUGAAUUCUCCAAACUUGGGUUUGAAUAAAAAUAUCGGGUACUCCGAUCAGUUGGGAAUGAGUUCACAGACGAAUCAAUUAAUGGGAACCAACUUGGGUUCUCAAAUGCGUGGUAACACCGGAAUGAAUCCCGACAGAAGUUUUGGUUUGACUGGAAGUCUUCAACAGACUGCAAAUCUUAAUAAAAAUUUGGGAACUCAGUUUCACAAUGCAGGAAUUAAUAUGGAAAGAAAUCUGAAUCUGUCUAGCAGUUUAUCGCAAGGUACUAGCGGAGGAGGAAACAGAAAUCUCGGUACAAAUUUAUCAAACACAAGAGGAAGUAAUAUUAAUUCACAGGGAUCUCGACCCAAUGCGCCAAAUAAUAAUUUUCAAAACAACUCGAAUUUAAUGAGAGGAGUGUCUGGUGCGAGACACCCUCUAUUAGGCACCCAAAUGGGGAAUCAAUCUCUCCACGGUAGAGGCGGUAGAUUUUAAAAUGCGCAUUCGAUUGUAUAAGAAUACGAAUAGUAUUGAUUAUUUGUCAUUAAAAGUACACAUAACUGUAUUGUAGUCUGAUUUGUAUUCACUUCAUUUUCAAUCACUUUUCAUGCUGGUAUUAAAUGUUUGAUUGCAUUACCGAUGUAAAACUGAAUUUUAUUGUUCAGUGCAUAUACACUCAUCAAACAUCUAUAUAAUAAAGUUUUUUAUUGUUUA